CUUUCUGCAAAUGCAUCUGUUACCCAUUACUCGGCUCCGCCUAUCCAUAUACAGUAUCAGCGUUUCCUUCUCUCUGGACACCGGGGCUCAUCGCUCCAGACCCCACGGAGGCUCUCUCCAGCCACUAAUCUCCUUGCUGUUUUCCUGUGGGAGGGCAGAUCCUUGCAGCUGUUGGUGGCUGUGUGGGGGCUGCAGUGAGCAACAGACUCAGCAUUUUCUACUCUUUUGGUGGAAACCUCGGCUUUGAUUAUUUACAGCAGAAGCUCUUUGGGGCUGAUCUUCUGCAGUAACGACCAUGGAUCAGUUCAUCUCAGCCUUCCUGAAGGAUCCGUCAUUAAAGAAUUGCCAACAAUUGGCUGUGGAAUUCUUGCCUCACUACUCUACAUUAAUCAGUAAGGCAGGAGGCAUGCUCUCUCCAGAAACUCUGAGCUAUAUUCAAAAAGCCCUCCAGGAGGGAAAGCUGACGGAUAUGGUGAGCCAGAUUCAGGAAGCACUAACUGCCGCGGAAAACGCUUCCUUGGAGAUCGCUAUCAUUGGGGAAUCUGGGGCUGGCAAAUCCAGUUUCAUAAAUGCCCUGCGAGGGCUGAGCCAUGAAGCAGAGGGGUCAGCUGGUGUAGGGAUUGUGGAGACCACUAUGAAUAAAACCCCCUAUCAACAUCCAAAAUAUCCCCAAGUGAUGUUCUGGGACCUGCCUGGGACUGGGACUCCCAAUUUCCUCCCAGACACUUAUCUAGAAAAAGUGGGAUUUGCUAACUAUGACUUCUUCAUCAUCAUAUCUUCCUCUCGGUUCAGCCUUAAUGAUGCUAUCCUGGCCCAGAAAAUCAAGGAUGUGGGGAAGAAAUUCUACUUUGUUCGAACCAAGGUGGACAGUGACUUAUAUAAUGAAGAGAAAACCAAACCCAGAACCUUCAGAAAGGAGAGGGUCCUUCAGCAGAUCCGAGACAACUGUCUGGCUAACCUCAUUAGUACUGGAGUGUCUGAACCCCGCAUCUUCUUGAUCUCCAACUUUGAUCUGGCUGACUUUGAUUUCCCAAAGCUGGAGGAAACUCUGCUGCAGGAGCUCCCUGGGCACAAGCGCCAUAUGUUUGCACUGCUGUUGCCUACUAUCUCUGAUGCUUCCAUCGAGAUGAAGAGACGUCUUCUCAAGGAGAAGAUCUGGCUGGAGGCCUUGAAGUCAGCAGCUGUGUCUUUCAUGCCCUUGGCGACCUUCUUGAGUGGCUUCGAUUUGCCUCAGCAAGAACAGUGCUUGAAGGAGUACCGAAACUACUUUGGCUUGGAUGACAAAUCGAUUGAAGAGAUUGCCUACAAGCUCAGUAAGCCCAUGGAAGACAUCAGGGGCUGCCUCAAGUGCUUGGAUUUCUGGUCCCUUGUAAAGGAUGAUAGCAUGGCAGUGAAAGCCGCGAAGUGUGCUGAAUCUUUUUAUGCCGUGAAAGGAGGUCCUGAGUCUUCUGUCAUCCAGGGUGUGAAAGUCUACUUUCUACGCUUAAAAUUCCUUGACACGGUGGCUGAUGAUGCUAGGCAUCUCUUGAACAAGUUAUAAAGAGUAAAUAUUGCCUGGCUAAAUUCAGUAAAUGAAUUUAAGGGCUUGUGUGUUUCAAGUUGGGAAGUGGGGUGUCCUUCCUCCAGACUCCCAGGCCAGCUCUUCCCUAAGGUACACAGAUGCCUGUCCUGUGGAGGAAGUCCAUUGCUUCCCUUUAGAAGUCACUCCCAUGUGCAAAUUGUUUGACCCUAGCUUGUUUUCUGUGUUCAUUGAUUUAUCAUGCUUGAUCUCCAGCAGUAACACACUCCCUGCUUUCAACUAUUCUCUGUGCUAAGAGAGAACCUGUUGCUGAUCCACUUAUGCUGGAAAACACACACACACACACACACACACACACACACACACACACACACACACACACAAGACACAGCAAAGCAAAACCAAAAACCAGUUUGUAAUAGCAAAAUGAGAAUUAUACAUUACUAUUUCCCAAUUCUUUCUCAGUUAUCAUCUCAACACCCUCCUCAUUAAAAUAAAGGAUGUUCUAUAAAUAUGAGAACACUAUUAAAUGGUUAAUAAAAUGUUUGCAGUGGGAAAACGCAACAUGAUCAGGAGGUGGUGACAAGAUUAAGUAGUGAAGUAGGAGCUGAAGGGACACUAGCCCAAUUAGCACACUCAAAGGGAUGCUAGCCCACUCGAGCAUGUGGCUCUGGCAGGCCUUGCCCUUCUCUCCCACGCCCUCUGCCUUGCUAAAAACUGUUAGGUUACAUUCUAAAGGGAGCCACCAAGGUCUUGUCUCUUAUUUGACUACUUCCUCCUCCUGAGGCUGACGAUCAAGGUCCAGCUAUCGAAAUGUUGAAGUCCAGCAAUCAGAAGCCCCCUUUGGCUCACUUAACUAACAUGCCCAAUUAAAAUUAAACACCUCGUCCUAACAUGAGAUUUCCCGUUUUACCUUUAUAAACAGCCAUUUGCUUAUGUGCGGCCAUCUGUCCCUUCUCUAUCCAGAGGCAGUCCUUUGUCCCUCUGAGACAAAUACCCUGUCCCCUUUCCCUUCCCCUUCUCCCUCAUCCCCUACCUUCUUUAUCACCACAUCCUAGCCCAUUCUAACACAGCUUUUUUUUUUCUUAAAAAUUACACUUGAAAAGUCAUUUGCCGAUGUUUUUCUACAUGAGUAAGAAAGCGGCCGCUUUAACUUUUCUUCCCAGUUCAAUAAAGGAUCUCUCUGUGAAAA